UAAAAAAGGAUUGAACUGGGCCUAAACUGAGGCUGGGACAAUAGCUGAACGGGCAAUGUCUGCCAGAAACCUUCUGAAUUUAUUAAUGCACAAAUACUAAACACCUGGAAGAAAACAGGAUUGAAGGCAAUCAGAGCAAAAGCAGGAGAGAUGGUGCAUCCUUGGAGUGUGACUAUCAUGAAGGGACUCUGCACUUUUGAUUUUCUCACUGCACUCCUGCGCCUCAGACUUCCCACCCGCAAGGGUCGCCAAAGAAAUCAGCGACGAGGGCGAGUGAUAUUUCCUGCUCAGUUCACCUGCCAGGAGGAGGGACACAAAUGGGAGGGGCUCAGGCCCAGGUAAAUCUCGUGUGAGUGAGCGCGCCGAGAGAGCGCUUCAGCCCCACCCAUGAAACUGGUUACCUGCCUGGAAAGGGGCGCCGCUACAAGGAAACUGCAGCGGAGAGGAAAAAGCACAACGCGAACAUCCGCCAGCGCCCAGGACGAGCAAAGAAAAGAAAAACCCAGGUUUUCGAAAGAGUCGCAUUUCAAGGAUCGGAUGUGGAGGGUGGAACUACAGUGAUCAGAAUUGUUUCCCUUUUUUCUGCCUUCCAAGGGGGGGGGGAGUUGCUUUUUGCUUUCUGCUUUCUCCUUCUUCUGAGGGCGUGCAGACUGCGACUGAGGACUGCCCAAACCGUCGCUUCUGGUUAAAGUUUUUUUCCCUUUUUCUUCUGAUCAGUUCGGGAACUGAGAAGAACUUUGUACAUCUACAAAACCGUGAAAAGGGAGGGCUCUUUAGAAACUUUUCUUUCGUUUCCCCCUCCUCUCCCCCCCCAUCAUAAUUUUGUUCUGCAAAGGGAGAGAGAGAGCGCGCGCGCGAGAAAGGGGAACAUAUUUAUAUGAAGGAUUACCGACUUCCCAACGAAAGGAACAUGAACAUUUAUCGCCCGCCUCCCGGGGCAAAAAAGAAGGACUUCGAGACUUCAGGCCUAAAGUACAACAGUAAGGUAGAGGACAUGAAUGGCCUGGAAGAAGGGGUGGAGUUCCUCCCCACCAUGAAUGCCAAGAAGCUGGAGAAGCGUGAUCCAAAGCGUUGCAUGGUAGUGGUCGCCGUUGUCGUGGCCUGUCUCCUCCUUUCCCUUUUGGUUGGGUUCUUGGUUUGGCACUUCAAAUACAGGAAUGCCCAUGUUCAGAAGCACUACAAUGGCCACCUAAGACUCACAGGGACUCGAUUCAUUGAUGCUUAUGAGAAUUCCAACUCCUCUGAAUUUGCUGCUCUGGCCAGGAUCGUAAAGCAAAUGGUUACAGACAUCUAUAAAAAUAAUCAGGAUGUCGGUCCUUUUCACAAGGAGACUGUGAUCACUGCGUUCAGCGAGGGCAGCAUUAUUGCUUACUACUGGUCAGAGUUCAGUGUUCCUAGAUACAAAACAGAAGCCCUCAACAACGCCAUGGCAAACAUCCACCCUUCAAAUCAAACGGGGCCCCAGAAACCGCGAAAUCCAGAUUGGCGAAUUCAAUCGAUCGAUGCUUUCCCUUCUGAUCCAGAUAUUAUUAAAGCUUCACGGGACAAUAGCUGCAACUAUGCUUUGCAUGCAAAGGAAGGUGUGGUCACCAGCUUCACCACACCAGGAUUUCCCAACAGUGCCUAUCCAUCCAAUGCACGCUGUCUCUGGGUGCUGAGAGCUGACGUCGACUCUGUCAUCAGCCUGACCUUCAGAACUUUUGAUGUGGAGCCAUGCAACAUGGGGAAUGACUUUGUCAAGGUGUAUGACUCGCUGAGCCCUGUGGAACCCCAUGCGCUGGUAAAGUUGUGUGGCAGCUUCAACCCAACAUAUAAUCUGACCUUCGUCUCCUCUCAAAAUGUUCUGCUGAUCAUGCUAAGCACAGAUGCCUCGGGGCGGUAUCCUGGAUUCAAGGCAACGUUCUUCCAGAUACCAAAAAAUAAAAACUGUGGUGGGGCUUUGACGGGAGUAUCUGGAACCUUCACCAGCCCUUAUUACCCAGCCCACUAUCCUCCCAAUACAGAUUGUGUCUGGAAUAUAGAGGUCCCCAGAGGGAGGAACGUGAAGGUGCGCUUCAAUGAGUUCUUCCUCAUGGAGCCCGGAGUUCCGCUCGAGUCCUGCCCCAAAGACUACGUAGAGGUUAACAACGUAAAGUACUGCGGUAUGCGUGGGAAAUUGGUGGUACUGAGUAAAACCAACACAAUUACUGUCCGUUUCCAUUCAGAUCUUUCCUUUGUAGACUCUGGCUUUUCGGCAGAGUUCAUGUCCUACGAAUCCAAUGACCCUUGCCCAGGCAGAUUCACCUGCAAGACUGGCCGCUGUAUUGAGAAAACCCUGCACUGCGAUGGCUUUCUUGACUGCCCAGAUGCUAGCGACGAACAAAACUGCAAUUGUACCGAGAAGCAGUUCCGAUGCCGAAACGGUUAUUGUAAGCAUAAGUACUGGGUCUGUGACGGCAUGAACGACUGCGGGGACAAUAGUGAUGAACUCCAGUGUGAAUGUCCGGCAAAUAACUUCAAGUGCGGCAAUGGCAAAUGCAUCCUGGAGCUCCAGAAAUGUGAUGGCAAGGAUGACUGCGGCGAUGGCAGCGAUGAGGGAAAUUGUGGCUCUGUAGCCGUGGUCCCCUGCCAGGAAUAUACCUACAAAUGCCGCAACAACCUGUGUGUGAACAAGAAGAACCCAGAGUGUGAUGGAAAGAAGGACUGUAGCGAUAAUUCGGAUGAGGAGAACUGCAGCUGUGGCAAGCGCUUCUUCAGCAAGCAAUCCCGGAUUGUUGGGGGGCAGGACUCCGAUGUGGCCGAAUGGCCCUGGCAGGUCAGCUUACAUGGCAAGGACGAGGGUCAUCUCUGCGGGGCUUCCUUGAUAUCUGAGAAGUGGCUGGUGUCAGCAGCGCAUUGCUUUUACAAUGACAACUCCAGGUAUAUGGAUUCCAAGAUCUGGACAGCCUUCAUGGGGCUUCAUGACCAGCGGGACAGGGCCAAUAACUACGUUCAGCAACGGAGCAUCAAGAGCCUCAUCAUCCACCCGUUCUUCAAUGACUUUAACUUUGACUACGACAUUGCCCUGCUUGAAUUGGCAAGCCUGGUCAACUUCUCCAGCUACAUCCAGCCUAUAUGCCUGCCUGACGUCUCCCACGAUUUCCCGCCUGGCAAAUCCAUCUGGGUGACCGGAUGGGGACACACUCAACAAUCAGGAACCGGUGCCAGCAUCUUGCAGAAGGCCGAAAUCCGGGUGAUCAAUCAGACUACGUGCAGCUCACUGUUCCCCACCUCAAUCACACCACGAAUGAUAUGUGUGGGGCUCCUGACAGGAGGAAUUGAUGCCUGCCAGGGAGAUUCUGGCGGACCGCUGUCCAGCUUAGAGGCCGACAACACGAUGUUCCUGGCUGGCAUAGUCAGCUGGGGGGAAGGCUGUGCCCAACGGAACAAGCCAGGAAUCUACACUCGGGUUUCACAGCUUCGGGACUGGAUCAAAGAGCGAACAGGCGUGUAGGAUGCUGUAGACAUUGGAACAGUUCAUACAGCUCCCCUCCCUUUUUUUUUGUCUCUGGGUCUAUCAAGCUUGCAGUUAAAGACACUCCCACGUGAUGUGAAGGGAACUCUGCAUAUCUUGUUCACUCCUAUAUUUCCUUCUCCAUUUUUUCUCUGUUUUUAAAUUAUGAAGCCAGUGACACUCCUGGAUUGAUUGUACAAUGGCCCCUUACAUGGACUUUCGCCACGUUGAGAGCCCUCCCGCUCUUGCUCACAGAGACUGGCUGACUUUUUAAUUUUUAAUGUGAACCUGCUUAUGGAUUUAAAUACGCGAAGGGGACGGUGCUCCUGCCUCUGUGCAGGCCGCAUGAGGUGAGGGCCGGACAGCUGUUCUUUGCUUUUCAGAUAGGACUGCAGCACCCCUGUGUGCUGACCAGUUGGCAGUGUGAGGCCCAGUUGUCUCAUCUAAAAACCAAGUUGCCACCGUGUGUGUAGGUAUGUGUGUUUGUGAUUCUGGAGACCAGGUGAAAUAAUGUUGGGUUUUUGUAUUUUUGGGACUGGUCCAGUAUAGCAUCUGUGACCUAGUCUGUUUUUCUCCUCUCUACCCCCAAGGAGGCUUUAUCAUGAAUAGGCAGUACCCAAAACGUUGAUCGUUUUCCAAAACUGCUCAGAGGAGGGAAGGAUUGCCCUUAUUCUGUGGGCUUUUCUGCAGGUGCCUGAGGAUUUUAAUAUUACAGGGAAGUGUCCUUAUCCAUCACUCUCUGCUGGAUAAAACAUUUGCUAACAACCACUAAGGGCAGAUGGGUUGAUGAAUUGCCCUGGCUAAUGCGAUUAGUUAUAUUUUUUUAUUUUGUAUUGUGUGUGGAUAUUUUCUUCUAAAAGUAUGUUUGAUAGUGUGUGUGCAAAGUUAACUACAAAGGUCUGCAGUCAGAAAGGUAACUGAGUUAUAGCUGGCUGCUCUUACCUCCACCCAGUCCCGUCCAGUCUGCCAGUUUUUAAUUUCCUUGCUGCACUGGGUUAAAAGAACGCUGCAGCUACAUCACUCUAUCCAAGUGCUCCCUUCAGCACCUACAGCUCUGUCACAGGUGCAAUAAAAUGUUUAUAUGAGUAUCCAGCAUCUGCCUAUUUGCUUACCUGUAACCUCCCUUUGAUCUAGUUCCCCUCCCUCUCUUGAUUUUUAUGAUGCUUCUGCCCUUCUCUAAAUCAUUGGGAUAAUGGAGCUGGCUGCAAAUUUUUCUGGCUCGUGGGCUAAUUAAAAAGUGUUUAACUUCUGUGUUGGUACCAUCCUGCAAUAUGUUGAUCUCCUUACAGGUUAUAUAAGGGACACCACAUUGCGUUUUGCAUUGUCUCAAGCUACAAGGAUGACGCUGAUGCCAUCCUAAAACCAGAUAUGAGACUGUUGCAGUCCUGCUGGAAUAUUUGUGACUUGUGCACGCCUGACUGGCUGCAGGAUUGGGCAGCAGUUACUCUGAACAUCUCGUUAGGGUAUACUCGAAAAUCCCUCUCGUGCAAACCAGUUGGGCAUGCUCCUUUUUGCAAGGGUUAAAGACAUGUCUGUUCCAACUGACAGCAGAGGGGUGUGGCUGUGAAUAGAAGGGAGUGUUGGAUCUCAAUAUUAUGAAUUGCUUGGCAUUUUAAAAGCCAAGGGCCUUGUGCCUUAGUCUGUUUCUCAAAAUCCUGUAUAUCCCAUUGAGCAAGAAGGAUUCUAAACUAGACAUCAGUUUGAUGGGGCUUCCAAGACUACAGUGAAAUGUGUCAGGUUCUGGUUGUCCCAUAAAUGUUUUGAGCUUGUCACACCACUAUAUCCUGAGAAUGGCAUUCUGGGAUUUGUAAUCUCCCUCCACUGGGUUUUUCCUCAAGGUUCCAGCAGAUGUAAUACAUUUAGACACUAAUUUAAUGUGAUAAGGGGAAUCUCUUGGACUCCCAACUCCCAUCAGCCCCAGCCAGCAUGGAUGAUGAUCAGGGUUGAUGGGAAUAGUAGUCGAGCAGCAUCUAGAGGGCCACACAUCCCCCACCUCUGUUUUAGGAGAAUAUUACAGGGUUGGGCAUCCCCCUAACCUGUUUCUUUGUAUUAGAAUAGCAUAGAUGUAGGUAGAGCCUCUCUGUGUGUGAGAAAGAGAGCAAGCAAGAGAGAGAGCGUGUGUAUGCAUGAAUGAGAUUUUUCUGUCCCAUUAUGGGUCAGAUUGGCAUUGCCACAAUGUGCCUUAAUGCAUAGCUUGUUCAAUGUAUGGAACUCAGCCUGCCUGGGUUCUUUACUGUUAGCAAGCAGCUUUAUUGAUAUAAGCCAAUAACGGAUGCUUUUAGUUAGCGUGUGGUGCUGAACUUUUGUUUUGGGUUUGAUGUCAGUGGUGGGUGGAUAUACGGGUGGUCUUUUGUCUGUGUUUGCUAUGUGUGCCGAAUAACUGUAUUAACGCUGUAGAUCCCUGAUCUUGUAGUGGCUGUGAGGAGCAAAGAAUGCUGGUGAGCAUGUUUGGGAAAUAAGCACCCUGAAGUAUAUAUGGAAGCAGAGAGGAGGGAAUGGAGGGCGCUGGAGAAAUAGAAGUCAUUUUCCAGGCUACCUUAUCAGACUUCCUUUUUGUGUCUAAAUGUGAUUUUCUUUUCUUUUUGUAAUGGUUACUUCUCCACAAGGAUGACAUUUUCUCUCUGAACCUUUGUUACGCUUGCUACAUAUGCCUGGUAUUUCCCUAUUGUUGGUCCAGAUGGUAGAUGUGAGAAAAUAAACAAGAUGGGGGAAAGUGCCUGUUUGUGUUUUUAAUAAUAUAAGAAAUGCUUCAGUGAUCCUCAUUUUUGCAAAAUGAAGCCACAAGAAGAGUCAGAUAAGGGAUCCCCCCCCAUAAUUUAUCUGUUUCUAUUUUUUAAAAAGAAAAUGUUGCAAAAUUGUUUUUAAAUGGGUUGACUGUCAACUUCCUAUUAUGUUUGUAAAUAUUGUAUCUUUUUAAGAAACCACUGUAAAUAUAUCUAAAUGAAUGGAAACCAUACCAACUUCAAUUCCCACCCACUCCCUUUUUUCUUAUUGAAGAUCUGAAUGAAAUUGUUAUGU